AUGAAUAGCCACCCACCCUACGCUGACCCCAACAACUACUCCGACUAUUCGACGCCUGGUCACGCCCUCGCCGACAACACCAUGGCUGCACACCAAUCGCCAGCCUCGGCGCCGCCCACGCGAGGCAUCGAGUCAGGGCGCCCAUUGGGUGUCCCCAGCAACCUUUCGCCAGUUUCACCUGUUUCACCCUUCAAUGACUAUGACGCCUCCAUGGUCCCUCGCCCAAUGUACUCUUCGCGCUCAAACGGCUCCGCUGCGCCUCUCGCUCCUGGCAUGUACUCGAGCGACAGCUCUCUGCUCAGCAUGCCUCACUCAUCCCACAGUGGCCACACCUACUCCGACACGCCCUACAACCGCUACUCGUCGUCGGCCCAGAACCUCGCCCCCCAAAUGGGUCAGAUCAAUCCAAACGAAGUCGACAAUGACGACGACUGGGGAAUGGGUCCCAGUGAGGCCCUGCAGAACAAGCGCCGUUCCUUUGUUCCCUUUGGCAGCUCACGCGACGGCAGCAGCCGCAAUGGCUCCCCUGGAUCGUCAAUUAACAAUGGCGCUGCCGGCGCAGGUGCUGGUGCUGCUGCAGGUGCUGCCGCCUACAGCGCCGCGCGCGACGGCAACAAGUACGACACAGUACCCAUGGUCAACGGAAGCGGGGAGCUCAUGCCCGAAAAGAUUGCAAGCUGGAAGGCAGAGGAUGACCUGAAGAAGCGCAAGAAAAGAAUGUGGAUAGCCAUUGCAAUCAUCACAGUCAUCAUGAUGGGCGCAAUCCUCGGUGGUGUCCUUGGUGCCACCAUCAACCGAGGCGGCGGCGGUUCAGGCAACGCAGAGAAGGCGCAACAAGCCGCCAACGACGUUGCCAAAGACAACAAGGACGACCUUGGAAAAGACUCGUCAGAGAUCAAGGCCCUCAUGAACAACCCCAAUCUGCACAAGGUCUUUCCUGGCAUGGACUACACGCCUCUCAACACGCAAUACCCAGACUGCAUCCACGUCCCACCAUCGCAGAAUAACAUUACGCGUGACUUGGCUGUCAUGUCGCAGUUGACCAACUCUGUCCGCCUGUACGGUACUGAUUGCAACCAGACCCAGAUGCUUAUCCACGCCAUUGAGCGCCUGGAGAUUAAGGAUUCCAUGAAGAUUUGGCUCGGAGUCUGGCUCGACAGCAAUGAUACCACUACCCAGCGACAGAUUUCCCAGACCUGGGAUAUCCUCGAUGACUAUGGCUGUGACUACUUCAAGGGCAUCAUUAUUGGUAACGAGGUGCUCUUCCGAAAAGACUUGACCGCCGAUGAGCUCCUCAGCCACAUCAGCGACUUCCGCAAGAACAUUACAGACCACAAGUGCCAGCUCCCCGUCGCCAUGGCCGAUCUUGGCGACAACUGGACCGCCGACAUGGCCACCAAGGUCGACAUUGUCAUGUCCAACGUCCAUCCAUUCUUCGCCGGUGUUGACGUCAAGGCGGCCGCUGGAUGGACCUGGAACUUUUGGCAAACUCACGACGUUGCCCUUACCGCCAGCGAGAACAAGAUUCACCAGGUUAUUGCAGAAGUCGGUUGGCCAUCUGGAGGUGGCACCGGCUGUGGUGGAGCCACGACUUGCACAGACGGAUCGGUUGCUGGUAUUGACGAAAUGAAUCAGUUUAUGGACGACUGGAUCUGCCCCAGUCUGAAGAACGGUACCGAGUAUUUCUGGUUCUCUGCAUUCGAUGAGCCAUGGAAGAUCAAGUACAACGAAAAAGGCAAAGAGUGGGAAGACAAAUGGGGACUCAUGGACGUUAACCGUAAUCUCAAGCCUGGCCUCAAGAUUCCCGACUGCGGCGGUCAGUCGUUACCGACAUCGUACCAGCAUUAG